AUGGACCCCCCUCCACCACCUGCUCCGGCUGGCGACGCUGAUGCGCCGGUCGUCGCGCCGAAGACUGCACGCAGCGAAAGCUUCUCGUCACAGAAAUCCACCGACUCUCAAACAGCUGCUGAAUUCAUUAGAGACCAGAUGCAAUUGGAAGCCGACGCGCGCGAGGCUCUUCCCUAUAGCAUCGAAAGCUGCACCAAGAUUCUUGGUUCCCUUCGCCAGAGUGUCUUCGCCUGCCUUACCUGCAAUCCUCCGCCCGCCGAAUCGAAGGACCCUUACGACGGCGCAGGAGUUUGCUAUGCUUGCUCUGUCCAGUGCCACGGCGAACACACCCUUGUCGAAAUAUUUACCAAGAGAAACUUCACGUGCGACUGCGGUACUAAGAGAUUCCCAUCUACCAGCCCCUGCAGUCUGCGCAUUAACCCUGCGACUAAUACCAAGGGCGGCGUGCACUCGGAGGAGCCGGACGCGAACAACAAGUACAACCAGAACUUUAGGAACAGAUUCUGUGCGUGCGAGUGUGAUUAUGACCCGUUUCAGCAGAAAGGUACCAUGUUCCAGUGCUUAGGAUUGGGCACGUCCGAGACAGGCGGCUGCGGCGAAGACUGGUACCACCCUGGCUGCUUGGUUGGAAUGGGGCCCAAUUGGUUUGAGGGUAUGAAGAAGGAGAAGCCUACAACCGGGAAGGAACCCGCAGAGGCCACAUCUUUGCCCACAAUCUCGGAAGAUUCAGAAGCGCAUCCCGGGGACGAAGCCACAACCGCCAAGAAACAGGAUGAUGAUGGGGAGGAUGAGGACGAGGACCCACCGAUGCCCCCCGGCUUUCCAGGCGAAGACGACUUUGAAGCAUUUCUAUGCUACAAAUGCGUUAACGCCAACCCGUGGAUCAAGAAGUAUGCGGGCGCCAAAGGAUUCCUACCAGCGGUCUACUCGACGCAAAAGAACGCAGAUGCAUCAGGCACAGAGGAGACGACCAAGAAACGAAAGGCAGAAGAGGAUGUCGACUUAUCAGACGCUAAACGAUUAAAAAGUACUUCUGAGUCAACCGAGGACAAGCCCGACAGCAGUGCUCCGGAAGUCAAGCAAGAGACUCAGGAGGCAUCGUCCGCUACAUGCCGGUGGGCUGCACUGCCAUCACCACCGGCUGAAGAGUUCUCGCUCUUUAUGACAGAGGACUUUCGUAACAACAUCUGUAGAUGUUCAUCAUGCUACCCUAACCUGGACCCGCACCCACAGCUUCUGGAAGAGGAGGAAACGUACGAGCCGCCUCUGUCUGACGGCGGAAACUCGGAGCACGGAGGAUCCACAAAUGGCAGCGGCAGCCUACUGGAUCGUGGAGAGAGUGCCUUGCGCAAUGUAGACCGUGUCCGUGCAAUCGAAGGCGUCAUGGCGUACAACCAUCUGAAAGACCAGCUGAAGCCGUUCUUCCAGCAAUUUGCAGAGAGCGGCAAAGCGAUCGGCGCAGAGGACAUCAAGUCUUACUUUGCUAAGCUCAGAGGCGACGACCAGGCCAUCAAGGAUGCGGCAGGGGCAGCGAAUGGGUCAAAGGACGACGAGGACGACCAGCGUCGGGAGCAAAGUGGCUACUGA